AUGGCUCUUCACAACCUUCUGGAACAUGGAGGAUCCAUAGCUCUUGUGCGCCUACCCUUGUCCUGCUACCAGAUGGUAAAGGAGGUAUUCCCCCCAAGUCCAGACCACUGGGGGCAGGACCCAAGGAAACCACACUCGGCUCCCUACUGCUACUCCCAGCCGCCUAAGAUCCACUUGCCUUGGCACUUGUUCUCUGCUCGAGAUGAGCAAGAGGCCCAGAAGAUAUUACAAAAAAGGAGACAACAUUCCAAGCACAUCAGUGAGAGAAUUCACCUCCAAAACCUCUAUCUCCCCAUGAACAAACUGGCCCUGCAAUCUCAGGUGGAAUCCAGGCCCUUGGGGCCCACCUCAGACCCCCUGAAGUGGCAGAGACUAAAGGAACUCACAGAAAGUCUGAAAUCUCCCAUUGAAGACGAGCAACUUUAUGCAGCUCAGGCUCUGGGGUGCCUGGGCAUCAGUGACAGAUGUAUCUUGGAGGCACUAGAGGAGGCGGCCAGAAGUGGCACAAAGAAAGUGAAGUUCAAGGCCUACCGAACCUUGGCUCUCCUGGGUUGCCUGAAUAAGCAUGUGAUCCAGGCUUUCAUGCAGCAGUUGAAGGGGUGCAACGAACCUCAAAGGAUGGAGACUCUGCUGGGGCUACAAAUGGCUCUGAACAAGUGGGUCGCUGUUCCUAAAGAGAAGAGGUCUCAAGUGGAGGAUGAAGAGAAGCUGGUGUCCCUGCUGCAGACACUGCUGAAAGUGCCACCAAAUGAUGCAGCUCUGGAGGCAGCCUUGUGCUUGGGUUUCCUGAGACCCUGCAGCAAGGUGGUCCGAGAGUUCCUGCAGCAGAGCCUGGGCCGUGGAUCCAAGCCCCAGAGGAUGAAGGCACUCAGCAUGUUGGUCAACAUGAUGCACGUGCACUCAGCUGUGGUCACCAAGGCCAUCCUAGAGCAGCUUUCCUCUUCCGCUGUCCUCGAGCACCGCUUGGAAGCCACCAAAAUGCUCAGGGCUGUUGGGCUAGAAAAGAUCCAAGAGCAAGGGCUGGAAGGACUCACAUUUGACCAGCUCAGGAAGAUGAUGUUUACUGAACCCUUCCUGGCUAUGAGGCAAGUUGUGGCUGAAACAGUGGAGGAGCUCAAGAUGAAGCCUGCGAUGAUGAACUUGGUGGAGGAGCAACUGAUGGACCCAAGACCCAGUACACGCCAGGAAGCAAUCAUCUCUUUGGGUGCCCUCGGUAUCCGCAGCCCACAAGUUUAUCACUUGCUCCUAGACAUGCUGGAUGUAGAAAAGAACCAGAAUGUGAAGAACACUCUACAAAAAACAUUAAUUUUUUUGGCCUCAAAUGAUGCUUGGAUCCAAAGAAAAUUGAGGAACAAGAUUUUGUUUGUAUAUGAGCCACCAUCGUGCAGUAUGAAGUCAGAGACCGCAAGGUUCCAGAAGGAGCCUGAAAGCCCAGAAGAGUUAAGCAUCCAAGACUUCCGACUUGCAAAGCUGAGACCUUUGUUUAUUGCAAAGUACAGCACGAAGAUGGACCAGGAGGAAAUGCUGACAGCCAAGAAUGAUUCCACUUUACAAUCCACCAGCAAUUCAGACCUGCAUGCAACUACCAUCUUCCCAUACCUUAAACUAACAAAAGGCAAGCCACAGCCUAAAGGCCCCUGGUGGCUGACGACUGAGCUCUAG